AUGGCCAAAUUAUAUGCAACAGCAUCCAGAAUUAAAGCAAAUUUUACUUUGGUUGAUCAAUGGAUCUUCUUCAAUUCGGUUGGAAUGAUGAAUAACAUCGAUUUACAAUGCCCUUCUUGGAUGUUCUACCAAGAAUUUGGCGAUUUUUUCAAAGAGGAAAUCACCAAAGUAACAAGUAGCGAUAAAUUCGAUGUGAUAAAGCAACUACAUGAUUAUUAUCAAGCGAAUGAAAGAGAUACUUUGGAUCCAGCCAGUAUGGAUUUCUUAAGAAAUUUAUUAGUAUCAGAUCAUACAUUUUUAGCACAUCAUGCUAUCCAACAUUUGAUUAAUAUCACAACUAAUGACGAACCUUUGUGGUGGCUGUACAUUGACUGUAUACAAGAUAUUAUUAGGAGCAUAAAGAAAGCUGGACGAUCAAUUGACAUUGAUCAAAACUAUAGUCAUAAAUUAUAUACCUUGUUAUCUUUGCUUAGACCACCUAGUUCCAUCGUUUCUCAAUUACCACUUGAUGAAAUAUUAACUGAACUAAUGAAGAUGACAACAAUCAGAUUGUCAACAGAUAGUAAACCGGUGUUAGAUAUUAAACAAUUAUAUGCUUCAAUGGUUGAUGAUUAUAAAUACAUGUCGCCUAUUUUACAAUCUAAAGAAAAUAAGGAAUAUUUUAAGGAAGAUUACUCAAAUAUAUUAAUUAGCGAUGAAAGAUUAUUUGCUCCAUUCGAUUGCUUGCUACCUGAAGAUAGAAAGACUUUAUGGAAAGCUUUCUUUUUUAUGUGUUUAUCAUCGAAGCAUCACAUAUUUGAGAAAGUUUUGGAAUGUGGUUGUGCCUUUGUUCGUAAAGGGAACUUUAAUCAGCUUAGACAGAUCUUCAACAAUUCAGAAUUUAAGCCUUUAAAACUGUUGAUGAUUUUGAUCGGUUGGGACAUCUGUAUUGAUUUCAGCGAGAAACAGAAUCUUCUCGAUGCUUUGUGGACAGAAGCGGAUAUCACAGAAUUGUGUCAACCACUGCUAACUGUAGCAUGUAAGAAACUUGUUUACAACGUUAAAUUUGUACGUUGGUGUAUGGACAACACAAAACCAGCUUCGCAGUUGGCAACAAUGCUAGAUGGUUAUCAUCACAGAGCUGCUGAGUUACUUCGUUCUUUAGAUACGCAUUCAGCUUUAUAUACCUUGCAUCAAUUUACCGAUUUAACUCAAAUCGAUGAAGAAAGCGUCGUCAAAAUAUUGAGUGAAAAUUCUAAAAAUUUACAAGCAAAAAGUGAUGAUAAUACAGUUAAUAGCGAUAUAGUAACGUAUCAAUGUUAUCUAGCGCUUAGAAAUAUUAUGCAAGCAAUACGAAAUCAGAUGCGUUUUGAAGACAACAAUGUUGAUACUCCACUGAAAAAUCAAGAACAUCAAGAAACAAAUGCAAACAACUACGAUCACCGUGUAACCAAAUAUUUAAUAAAAAGCAAAGAUGUAAUAGCACAAAUUCAUCCAUUAAGCUUUCGAUUAGAAGUACUAGAGAAUAUAUUUGCGUUAUUAUUUCUUACUCAUGAAGAUGUACGUAGUAAGAAACAACAAAAAUAUGAAGACAGUGAUGCUCUGCCUGCCGAUGAUGUGACCGUCGAUGACGAAAAUUACAAUCGAAAUUUGUGCAGUAGUAUGGACAGCCUUGAAAGUGCCCCUGAAACUACGCCUAUUAAACUACGAUUUCGAAGAAGUACAGAUGCCUCAGAUCGAGUCCUAGCCUCUACCCCUAGUAAAACUUCGACUGAUACAAGGGGAUCUCAUGUCAAAAGAAUUAAUUUUUUUGCUCAGGAAGCGCUUCAAGAAGAAAUCUGUCGUGAAAGUCCAAAAAGUAGCGAUUCUUCCAAUAGUAUUAUCUCAAAAGAAGAAAAUAAUAAUAGAUCAGGUUUCAUUUGUAAUAAAAAUAUAGCAGCAAAUCUAUUGACUCUUGUCAAAGAUUGCCUAUUCGAAAUAGAAAUGGACAUAACCCAUUUUGCAACAACAUCAACAAAUAAAAAUGAGCAAAAAACAGUAUCAGCUAAAGAGACAGAUAACGUUAACUUUAAACAACGUAUUAGUCGUUUAAAGACUUUUGUCAACGAAGCAAAGUGGAGGUUACAACUUGUUUCAAGCAAUUUAGACUUACCAACGAAAGGUAGUUCUUUAAAAUCGGACGAUUGGCUUAGUGACGAUGAUAUCGAUAACUUCUACUACGAUUAUAGUAGUGAUAAUGAAGACAUAGAAGUACUGGAAGAAGUAAAACCGGACAAUUCUAAAGAGGUAACACCAGAAGGAGAUAGUGCAUCAUCACAAAGAUAUGAUGAAAGUGAUAACGUGGUGGUUGGGAGUUCCACUGGACAAUCGGCUACCUCAAAACCAAAGAAAAAACUAAUAAAUAAAAAAAGAAAAAGAUCAUCUAAUAGUGGAAGUGGCUUAGCAUUUAUGAGGUGUUUCAAUAGGCAAAGUGAAACAAGUAUAAUAAAUCGUAUGCUUUCACCACCAGAUGUACUCAUCUUUUCAUGUUUGCGUCAGAAUAGUUAUGAUAGAGCACUCAAUGUUAUAGGAUUACUCAAACUAGAAGAUUCAGAUAUUGGUGCAUUAGCGCAAUAUGCGUUAAUGUAUAAAAAAUGCGUAGUAGCUUUAGAUAAUACUAAAAUCUCAUCGUCAACUGCUUCCUCCAUUGGAACCAUUACAAAAGAUAGUAAUGAUAGCUUAUCAUCUUUUCGUGCUAUUGCUGCAGCCGCUGCUAGCAAUGUCCAAGAGCAAUCGGUAUCUGGUGUUAUUGAUCCUAUUAUUGCUUCUCCAAAAUUGAUUAAAUCCAUGAAUGCAUUAGGUAUAGAUUUCGAAGAGUUGAGAACCUCAUCUGCGUUUUCACGAGUAGCUAAAAAUCAAGUAGACUCUUCACAGAAUACGUUAGCACCUUGCUUUAGUCAAGGGCCAUUGCUGGGGCCCGUUUUAUUUAUGGAAGGCAUAUCAACAUUAUUGGAAUAUCUGUUGGAAGUGUAUAAUACAGAAGACUCUUAUCGUCAUUUCUUAUCUAGCUUAGGCCCAUUAAAUACAAACCAGUACAAGAAGGCAGAUAUCAACGCUGAAGAGCAACAAACAGCAUUCAACACAUUAUUAACUUUGGUACAUCCCGUUACUGAUGAUGAUAGUAUAAAUCACAAAGAAUCAAAAAAUGAUACCAUGGGUGGAGAUUCAUUGGAUUCAAAUGGACAAUCUAACGAAAGUAACUUAGCCAAAAUUAUCGAUAAGGCUAUGUUAAAGCUAUGUGACACUGUCAGCGAAUUCGUAAGAACUAAUGAAAGUCUAUUUGAUAAAGAGUUAGAAACCGAAAUCUUAUAUCUAAACACAUUAUUUGAUCACAUAUCAUUAUUUGGAAAUCUUUAUAGAAAGUACAUUAAACCACAUCAAAUUGAUGACAGUGAUUCCUCAAAAUUACCUCACCCUUUUAUAGUUCUUAACGAAGGUCCGACCUCAAUUUUAGGUAAUCUAAUGUUCGAGUUACACGUAUCUCCAUACCAAUUGCAACAGGUAGCGUCGCAACUAAAACUAGAUUUGGUGAGAGUUAUUGUACAAGGGUGUUGUCCUAAAGUGCCUAAUAUACCAGAUCUUGUAAUGUCCGAAUAUACUUUGCCUAAGCUAACUACAUUAAACGAGUGUGAAGAUGCUAAACGCCAUAACCAACCUAGACAUCCUCUAGAUGUUUCUUACGAUUUGGUGGCGCAAUUAAUAUCUGUUUUUGCAUGUGUUACUGAUGGAGGAAAAACUAUGGAUGUUAACGAUUUGCUAAAAUCUGGCCAAACUAAAGAAUUUCAGCAACUGUUACAAUCAGCUCAAGAAUUAUCAUACAUUGAUUUGGAUUUAUUGGAAUCUGAUGUAGAAAGAAUCUGUUUCUUUACAAACGUCCUAAACGUUAUGAUAGCUCAUGCGACUAUCAUUAACUGCCAAAACGAUAUCAAUAAUAAAACUAUUGGCGUAAAUAAGAGCGCAACAAAGCUACUGAGUGAUUCUUUAAUUCUUUCGCACCAACAAUUUGUCUCGUGUCAAUUGGGUUUCUUGCAACAUAUUUCAUAUAGAAUUGGACAAAUGGGCAAAUUAAGUGCCUUAGAUUUAUACUUUAGAAUCUUAAGGCAUGGUCUAUCUACUCCUAAGCGCUAUUUACCAGUUUUAGAUGAUAUUUAUUACAGUCAUUCUGAUGACAACAUGUGGUUGAGGUAUGCACCAUCUCCUGAGCCAAGACUGAUGUUUCUUGUUAAUUUUGGCCAUGCAUCAUCUCCUCCCUUGCAGUUCCUUAAACCAAAUGAUCUUGAAAGCCAACUUUCGUCGGCAACAAUGGAAUACUUAACCAAUAAUGUCACAAUUAACGUUGAAGAGAACGAGGUUGUUAUUCCAGAACUUUUGGAAUGGUACAAACAAGAUUUUUCAAGUCUCCACGUGGGAUCUAUCGAAGAGUUAGAUAAUCGUCAAUUACCUCUGACUAGAGUUGCCUCGGACUCUGAUAUCGCUUAUUUAUAUUCGAUAAAAUCAUUCUUAACCGAAAAAGCUGCAGAUCGAUUAGAGCUGGUGUUAAGAGAAUGUGAACUACAACAGAAAGUACGAUCGCAGACGAACUUUAAAGCAAAUAGCGGUCAUGCACAAGCUCGUGACGGACGAAGCAACUUAGAUGAAAUAACUGGAACGGCGUUUCGUAAUAAGUCUUCACUAAAGAAUACACCUUUAAAGCUCGUUGUUCAACCAUAUUCUUGGGUGAUUGGCUAUCAAAUUAAUCCGCAAUAUUUUAAUUUAGCUGCUACUCAUUCACCUACUAAGCGUAGGAGUUCAUCAAAGAGUUUCCCUUUAACAGUUGAUGAAAAGCACUCUAAUGAGACGGCCUACAGCAAGUUUGGAUUUACGACAGAAACUUUAAAAUAUCUUGGAGAACAUUCUGAAUUAAUUUGUACUCUGUCAUCAUUAGUAAACCAGACACAGCGUAUUGCAAUGGAAGAACAACAACGGAGCUAUGUUGAUGUUGAGAAAUUAUAUGAUUUCCUAGUAAAAUGUUCUUCACCUGGUAGAGAUCAACUCUACGAGAGUAUGCUUCAGUUAGCAGACAAAAUUGUAAAAUUUCCGGUAUUGCAAAGAUUUCUCACUCAGCGAUUAAGCUCCUUUGUUACUUGCACGGAAAAUAGCGUAGCCGUUCCAUGCUUGUUAGCAGCCGAGAAUUCUUCGGUAGUAAUGCAAGCUCACAUAGUAGCAAUCAAUGAAUGUAUCAAGGAGCGCAACUAUCUGCAAGCAAUUGACAUAUACCGUAGUUAUCCUAGGCUAAUGACGAAUUUAUUAUCAAUCCGCUUUUAUGACAGCUUACUGAAUAUAAUCGCAACCGGUGUCUUGAAAAGUGACAAAGUAACACAAAAAUCUUCCAUCGAUAUGGAUAUUUGGAAAGGUUCUGACCAAAGUUUUGCUAGUCGGUCCUUUCAAUUUUUGACUAAAAUGUCAGAUAUCCACCUUUCAUGCAACAUUAUUUUACAAAAUUUAAAUAAUUGGUCCCUUGAUGUUUGCCUUGAUUUACUGUGGUGGGGUAAUUAUCAUUUGUCAUACGAAUCCACAGACUUAGCAACUAAUAUAAAACAAAAAUAUGAAGAAAUGAAGAUAUAUAAGCAGCUGAUUAAUAGAUUUUCCAAUAAUGAAACUGAACUCCAUCAGAUUGGGAUAGAUUUUAAGCGAUGGGAAAAUUGGCAAAAUGUUGCUAAAGAUUUACAAGAAUAUUCUGAAGAUAUUUUGCUUUGCUUGUGCAGAUAUGGCGAAGUAGUCCUAGCUAAAUCCUUAUUGAAAUUAUUAGGAAUGUAUCCUUCUAGUAUUCAAAAGGCACUUGCAGAAUGCGAAUUAUUAUCUUGUGUUGAAGCUGAGUCGGAUGUAACAAAGGCUUAUUUGAUUCUCGAAAAUAUCAAGGACAGAGGGAUUCGAUUUCAUGUAUGCGACAAGAUCUUAAACCAGAUCGAUGAUCUAGCUAUCAAGGCUUUCUUCACGAAGUAUAUUAUUAAAAAUCUUCGAGAUGAAAUUAGUAAAGAACAGGUUGUCAGCUCUCUGCCAGACUUCGCCCAAGCCGGAGUAGCUCAUUUAGUCCCGAAACCGAAGCUGUUGCUGGAACAGCUCCUAAUGAAUCGAAAGUAUAACGUGAAGAUUAUUUUGCAGCUUAAAUGGGCAAGUCUAGUUUUCGAAAGUUAUCGCUCUAUCAUUAGCAGCAAUGAAGUUUGGAUCGAAGAUAAAACUAAAGAUAUGAAUAGUAUGGAAGGCUUAGUCCUUGAAUUUGCAUCUAAAGCGUUACAAUUCUCGAUCCCUCAGUUAGGUAGAUCAGAAGCUAAUCUCGGUCUGAACCCGGAUCGACUUCGGCGAAAUUCUGAGAUAGCUGAAUCUACCUCAGCUGAUAUAAUUCCCUCGCUCCCAGAGGCAAUCAGAGGAGCAAGCUAUUCAAAGCCCUUAGCUAGUAAAACAAUAGAUCAAGAUUUACCGGAAAAUCCUCCGCCUAAAUCGCAAUGGGUACCCGAUGCAGCAGUUGUUAGCUGCGCAGUUUGUUCCGAGUACUUUAGUAUGUUCAAUCGCCGUCAUCAUUGCCGCCGUUGCGGUCGUGUGGUAUGUGACGAUUGUUCAAGGCGAAGAUGCAUUGUUUCUAUUUAUGGUACUCAGCCAGUGCGAACCUGCGAUCAGUGCUAUAACCGAUUCUAUGCGAAAAAGUCACGAAAAGAAGAAGACAAUAGAAGUAACGGUGAACGACAAGAAAGAAAAUUGACUAACAAUUUUGGUACAAAUAAUUUAACUGUGACUGAUAUGAAAUUUAAUUUAACAAUGGAUGACGAUAGAAAUGAGAUUGUCCGAGAAGAUUUCUAUUAUGAUCAGUCUCCUAGUACCGCAUUAUGCAUUGCCAUUCUGGAUAUUCUAACCGAUUAUCAAAAAUGUGGGAAACACUUACUACAACUAGUGGAUGACUUGUCGAAAUAUUUAAUUGUAGCAACACCUAACUACCUAUAUGAAGAAAUCGACCGAUCAGUUGUGAUAAGCUACUUAAGCCUGUUAAGCCUACUGGAACUCUUGGUCAAUUCAUGUUAUUAUAACUUGCCGUCAAUGAAACAGUUGUCGAAGUCCGGAUCAAUCAGGCGACUAAGAGAUCAGUUACUUGAGGACGAACGCUAUUCUCUAGCACUUGAGGUUUCUACUAAAUACGGUCUCGAUACUCAAGGUGUUUGCUUUGUGUGGGCUAAAUUCUGCUUAAAGUCUGGAGACUUUGAAAGUGCCAGAGAGAAAUUUAGUAGAUGUUUUAAGUCACGCCAAUCCUUUAAACAGUCAGGACCCGCGUCGGACAUAAAGCAAUCGCAACUUAAUCAGUCCCAAAUGCUUAAAGAUAUUAUUGAUAUCUUGGAGUCGUCACCGCUAGUUAGUUAUGGUUUGCAAUCAGAUAUAGAGACUAAUAUGGACAUGCGAAGGUUUUCAGAGUGCAAGUACUAUUUAAAUUUGUAUGGAGAUCAGUUAUCAUACAUUCGUUUUCAUGUACGCCAUGGAUUUUUGGAUGAAGCUUGUCGAAAUCUUCAAAAAAAUAAUUGUUCAAAUGAAAUGUUUAUGGAAGAGAUUCUAAAGCCAUGCAUAGUCAAUGGUGACGUGACCGUUUUACUCCAAACUAUCCAGACGAUUGAUCCCGAGUUAGUGUCGUGGGAGCGGUACUUAAAUUUCUCUUGCUUGGCACUGAAGAAAAUGUUGCUAUUUCAUGUUUUAUAUGAAAUUCGACUUUUUAUGAAAGAUUAUGUUAGUGCUGCAGCUGUUUGCGUUACUUUGUUUCAUGGUAAGAAAGGUCGUUGUAGUAGUUAUGAAGAGUAUCACCAUCGGUUAAAGUAUUUGCUGGAUGCUAAGUCGCAUUACGAAGUUGUACAACAAGAACUCAAAACUGGAGCUAAAUCGCCAAGAUUGAACUACUGCUCGCCUAUUAAACAGCAAGAAUUAACGUAUUAUUUGAAAAUGAUUGAAAUGCAAAUUGAGAUAACUAAACAUUUCCAUGAUAAUGGGUAUCCAUUCCUAAGACAUGAUACUGAUAGUGGUCUGACGCUAUUUAGUAGCAAAUCGCGACCAGAAUUGAUUAGUCAGGAAGUCAAUGACAAUGUCAUUAUGUCAAUGGUGUUACAGAUAAUGCUUGCUGGAAAUUCUUUAAUGGAAGGUUUUGAAUUAGCCCUUAAAAUUGUUCAUGUAUUUCAUGUUGAUCCAAUUGGUGCUUUUGGUCGUACUGGAAAAUUGCUUGCUCGAGCAAAACAGUAUAAAUCAACAAUAGAUUUAAUUAAAUUAAUCAAGGAACGCCAAGUUUUCGAAGACGAAAUAGACAUCGAAACUUUGGUUAAAGAGCUUAUCAAUCUGAUAGCCAGCCUGAAAAUCCGGUUUGAAGCACAAAUGGCUUGUAACAGGUUAGUGCAGGCACAGCUAACCGCUGUGAAUCUUGGAGUACCUUAUGUCAAGCAAGUGCUCGCUGUUACCGAGAAAGGGCAAAGCACUACUGCAAAGCAUGUUGUAUACAGUAUUUACUGCGAAGAAAAAGAAUUGUUAUUUGAUAACCUUUAUCAAUUAAAAAUUGCAGUAAUUUAUGUUGGCAAUGGUCAUUGCGAAAUUUAUAUCAUCCUUAAGUAA